AUGCUGCGCCAAGCUGUUCGAGGAGCUCGGUGGUAUCAGCAUGCGGCGCUCAGAACACCGUCGGCUCCGUCUCUUCCUUUACGGCGACCAUUCUCCGUCGUAGCGCCACGCUCCCUCCAGUAUGGCGGCCCCAAUGACAAGGUUCGGUUUUACGAACAAGAUACUCGCGGGAGCAAAAAGAGAAGGCAGGUCAAUCCAGAAGCCGAAGACAGCGCCGAUCGGGAGGAAGUGGAGGGCGAACUGGCUAGACUUGAGAAGGAACUGCAGGAUUUGAAAGAAGGCCCUUACGGCCCUAAUAGUCAGUUCAUCAAGGAGCUACCCGAGAAGGAGAGAGCCAUUGCACUAGAAGCUCUGAGAAAAUAUGAGACGGAGCAUGGCAAGGAUGAGCCGAUAUUGGCCUUGAGCAGGUUUUUGACAAUGAGCUGGAUGAGAUGGAAAGACAACUCGCUAAAAAAGCCUGUACGGCGCCCCUACGAGGUUGCAGUAGCGACUUCGGAACAACAUCCCUAUAUUGAGAAAUUCAACCAAUGCCUGACCCGGAUCGCAAGCGAUGGAUCAAACGAACGAUUCGGGCCGGAGCUAUGGAAAUGGUACCGUCGUUGCAAACAGAUGAUUCCCGAAUUCCUAGAGUCAAUACCCGAGGAAGCUCUGACGUUGUUAUGGCAUGCUCAAGCUGGUGACCACACAAGAUCUUCCCGCGCAAGCCAUAUCCAAAUACUCGCUGAGGACGCAAUGUCAGUUGGAAAAUCGCUCUCGACGCCACAUCUGCUCUCUUACAUUGAGUCGCUCCGAGAAACUGGCAAAACAAAGGAAGCGCUAGAUCAGUGGGAGGCACAUCAAACGGGGCUCUCGCAAAACAAGCAAGACCUUGAAGCAUAUUGGAAAUUGGGUGUACGGCUCUUUGCUGCUGAAGAUGACCCUCAGCGAGCACAGGACAUCGCUCUCGCAUUUUUAGCAAAUGACAAGUCACGCGAACCUCGCAUCCUCCUUCCAAUUAUUACUGCUUGGGGGCGGCAGCCUGGCAAAGAAGCUGAGGUCAAGGCGUGGGCUUUAUACCUACAGCUGAAAAGUCUUCUUGAGAACACAUUAACUAUGGGUGAUUAUGAUAAUAUCAGCAUUGGUCUUUUAAAAGCCGGGAGACCGAGUCUGGCUAUCGCAGUGUUCAAAGACAUGAUGGUGACAGGGCAGGACCCAGCAAAUGAUUCGACCUCCCUCUACACAGCAGCCGUCGGCCUUGUUGGUCAUCUCCAGGCGUCGAGUAUUUCGGAGCAGGAUGUGAACAGGGUGUCGCUUUCCACGCUAACAGUCCUACCUCGGAGGUUCCAGAACCGAUUCUUCUAUGCCAGCUGGAUGAAGAAGCUCAUUGGAAUGGGUGAAGUUGACUCUGCUGCACUGGUGAUUGAGUUGAUGUAUGAACGGGGAGUGAAGCCGGAUUCAAAACAUCUCAAUGGGCUGAUUGCCGCUUGGCUUCGUGAUGGCAAUCCUGACGCGCGAGAGAAAGCUGAACGACUGGGGUGGUCUAUGGUUCAACAGCGGAUUGACAGUGUUUGGGCGCGCACCAAUUCGGCUGGAAGCUCUCCUAAAUUGACCGUAAGCCCCGAUCCAGAUAGUCCUCGCAUACCCAAGUGGAUGCGGCGAGAGAUUCCAUCCGCGAACAUCGAGACAUUUUCCAUUCUACUCCUCCAUUAUACCCGAAGAAGCGACGAUGGUAUGGUCAAAUAUCUAGUCAAAUGCCUCGGCGAUGCUCAAAUUAAGCCAAACUCCUAUUUCAUGAACCACAUCCUAUAUGCCGAGCUCCGGAAACAGGAUAUCGGAUCUUUGUGGGACAAGUUCCGAACCAUGUCUACGUCGAUCCAACCGGAUCUGGAAACCUUUGCUUGCCUAUGGGACUGCGGUAAACUUCAGUAUGACCGCGGUCGCACGGCAUUUAUUGCAGACUUUCCGUCUGCUCGCGGCCUUUAUGCGGAGAUGAUGCAGUGGUACUCUCGCCUUCCUACACGGGCCCAAGCCGCCACGCAAGGAGAGUUCUCAAAAGAACUCUAUAACCAAAUUAUUCGUUGUUUUUGUCUCUCUAAAGACCUCCCUGGCACACUGAUUGCCCUUUGCUCGUUGAGAUCAACAUUCGGGUUCUCUCCUGACGACGCGACCGCUCGUCUCAUAGUCCUACAAGUUGCACGGAUGGCCGGUGUCCCGCCCGACACACCCAAGCGCCGUCUCCGUCGCCUUUCAACGACUCCUAGAAGCAAGGAGAACAUCUCCCAUGUCAACAGGCUGGUGGAGAUCUUGAGCGAGCGCAAGGUGUCUGCUCUCCAGGCGCGGGGGCUUACUCUCGAGACUCUCGAGCCGCAGGAGCGGGAGCAGUAUCAGCUUGAUAUAAUGACUGACCUUUUACGUAUUAUCAUGGGCCGGGCUGCCACUGAAUUGAGCAGAGUUGAAGAUCAGAUUGCGUCCGCCGCAGAAGAGAUGAAUGUUGUGGGUAUUGACCUUGGAUCGUCGCUGGAGGAUAAUGACCUUUUACUGUAG